CAUCAGUUACUCUCAGGUUGAUGUCAAACUGGAUUUACCUCUAGAAGACCAUCUUUCUUCAAUGAAAUUGGAACUUCUAAGCAGACAUUGCACACCAACAAUAACAGAUGACUUGGGAUUCACUUCUGCUGAAAAUUCUUUCACACUCAAGGAAGUAAGGUCUGCUCAUGGUAAAGGGAGGGGUAUUCCACAAUCCUGCCGUGCAUAUGCUCGUGUUUUGUGCUCAAAAUCUCCUCAAGAAAUAAAUGAUUUUGCAAAAGAAGCUGCAGAAAAUGACGGUCGUCUGGCUCGGGGUCCACUUAGAGAUACAUGUAGAGAAAUUGAAGCUCAUCAAUUCCUGCUUUUGAGAAUAACUGAGUUAAUCUAUUUGUAUGAUGCAUCCCUUGAGGUAAGAAUCACUCCUAUUUUAUGAGCAUGUGUUUGCAACCCAAAAAAUGGUAGCAAAAUUGGGGGAAAGCCAGGUAAAAUUCUUUUUUUUUCCACUAGAAAACUAUGCAGGAAAAUCAAUACUGGUUGGGAAAAUUUUAAGAUUUUACAUGUACACUUCCUCUGUCCCACAAGUUUUCCCACUUUUUUCAUCUGUCCCAAAAUAAUGUUUGCACCUUUUCUUUUUCUGUUUUUUGGGAAAAUAAUUUGUGGUACAAACUCAAAUACUUCUCUUUUAAACAUUUUACAUGUACACUUCCUCUGUCCCACAAGUUUUCCCACUUUUUUUCGUUUGUCCCGAAUUAAUUUUUGCAAUUUUUCUUUUUCUCUCUGCUAUGUGUUUCUUUUGUUAACCAUUGCCAUAUUUUGUCCAGUCAUUGGAGCAGAUGACUUCUCUUGACACGGUUAACAAAAAUGCUUCAAGGCAUCAGAUGGCUUACGAUGUCCUCAGGGGUGAGCUCCGCGUCCUAAAAUCUGCUGCUGAAUGGCUGGAAACCUAUUGCAAGAAACUAUUGAAUGCUUCCUGAUAACAAAUAGCCUUUACUUUCAUGCCUAUUUACCCAGCAUUGGCCUUGUUUCCCCCCCUUUUUUUCAUUCAACUUUUUCAACCUAUUGCAAAAAACUAUUGAAUGCUUCCUGAUAACAAAUGUUAAAGCUUACUACUUUUGUCCCACUGUCUUUGUCCACUUUUGACUUUUGAACUGUUCAUCUAAGCACUUUGACUCAUCAAAUUCUCUCAAUGUGUAAGCCUAAAUAUAGUCAUGUGUGAUCUUGUUUGAUUUGUCUUAACAUAUAGAUUAUUAAUAUAUAAUUUCUAUAAUUUUUUAAUAUACAAAUUACAAGAUAAAAUGGAUUAAAGAAGUGUAUUGGAU